AUGUCAUCAUUGCCAAGACGAGCAAGAGUACAGGUCCAGACUGCAGUAUCCAAUGAUGAAUUUUCUUCCUUCUCUGAGUUAUCAUCAGCUUCUGAAGAGGAUGACAAAGAUAGUGCCUGGGAGCCCCAAAAGAAAGUCCCCAGAAGCCGUAAGCAGCCUGUUCCCAAGGAAUCCAAACCAAAGAGGGUACCUCGGGUGAAGAGGAACACCUCACAGAUCACUGAUGGCUCAGAAGGUGUGGCUGUUAAGGAGGAGCUGAAUAGCUCUGUGGCUAUUGCAGAUGUUGAUUCGGAAGAGAGAAAAAAUAAGUUGGAUACUGUACAGACUCUGAAAACAGCAAAGAGAAGACGGAAAAACUCAGCUCAGUCACUUUCAGCUCCAAGGACUAAAAAGCUGAAGGCUGGUGAAGAAACCAACAGAGCCAGCAACUUAGACGGUGAAAGUAACACUACAGAGAUACCAUCCACAAGCACCAUGUGGGAAGGUAUGUGCAAGAAGGAAGAGAAUGAAGAUGACUUUACAUUUGGUCAAUCCCCUUUAAAGAAAAUGAAGACUGAAAUGUGUCCUCAAGGGCAGCCUGUCAAGUUUCCAGUAAAUGCCAACAGUAUUAAAGAGGAGGUAGAAAUGAACUGGGACAUAGUACAGAUCCACCUCUGGGCUGUUGCAAAGAAGGUUCAUAGUACAAUCCAGAAAAUUAAGAAGGAGGGGAAGAUGUCUGAGUGCUUGUUAAAAGCCUUGCUGAAUUGUAAAACUUUCGAAGAACUAGAACAUGUGUCUGCUCCAUAUAAAACUGGGAGCAAGGGCACCAAAGCCCAGAGAGCAAAACAGUUGGGAUUAGAAGGAGCAGCCAGGACACUACUUGAGAAUCCAGGGGAGCUCAAUCUGCUAUCUUACAUUAAAACUGAUGUUAAAGGACUUUCAGUGCUCCAGGAUGUUGAAACAGGAGUGCAGCAUAUUUUAGCAGACAUGAUUGCUAAAGACAAAGACACGCUUGACUUCAUUCGGAAAUUGUGCCAGAAUAGAUACAUCUGUAUCCAGUCAUCUCUGGCAAAAGUGUCCUCAAAAAAGGUAAAUGAGAAAGAUGUUGAUAAGUUUUUGCUCUACCAGAAUUUUUCAUGCAACAUAAGAAACAUCCAGCAUCAUCAGAUUCUGGCAAUUAACCGUGGAGAAAAUUUGAAGAUACUAACAGUCAAGGUCAAUAUUUCUGAUGGAGUGAAGAAUGAAUUCUGUAGGUGGUGUAUCCAAAACAGGUGGAGACCACGUGGCUUUGCAAGGCCAGAGUUAAUGAAGAUCUUACAUAAUUCACUGGAUGAUUCCUUUAAACGUCUUAUUUGUCCUCUUCUCUGUAGAGAAUUCAG